AUGCCUAUCGCGGCAGCGCAGCUGACUGGCACGGGCGUUUCUGUGGUGCUCAAUGAUAUCCACUACUUUAUAUCUCCAUUCACUACUCAAACCAUCUCGGUGCAAUCGACGGCUCUUUCCGGCGUAAACAGCAUAUAUGGAUAUGCGCCAGUCACCGUGGUCCAAGACGCUGUCGAUGAGGCAUCACUUCCUGAACUUUUUGCAAAUUGGACCUCGACGGACGAUGUUUUCCAGGAUGGCUUCUCUCCAUCAGUCUUUCUCGGCGGUAAAGCUGAGGCGACAAAUGGCAUUGCCGGAUCUCAAAUACUCCCGCUUGACUCUCAAAAUGUUCCUUCCGGGCCAUACUUCUUGGAGAUAGCUACAGGCGCCCUUCAUCAAGCCUACCGCCUUUACGAUGACUUCUCAGGAGCCUUUACGGAAUCGCUCAUACAAGCACCAGAUGGAACAUUCCAGGCUCUGUCGGCCCGCGUCGCCUCAUCAGCUACCAUCACAAUUGGCGUCCCUUCACGACUGUACUACACCAAAACGGCCGAAAAGCCACUGGCCGGAGUACGUGUCGGCGUCAAAGACAUCUACAAGCUCGCCGGCGUGAAGUCUUCACUCGGAAACCGAGCAUGGUAUGAUCUCUACCCAGCAAGCAACAGCACCGGGACAGCAGUCCAACGCCUCAUCGACGCCGGCGCGCAAAUCGUCGGGCUACAGAAAGCCAGCCAGUUCGCAAACGGGGAGAGGGCGACAGCGGACUGGGUCGACUACCACUCGCCAUUCAACCCACGUGGCGACGGAUACCAGGAUUCUUCGUCCUCGUCCGCCGGUGCUGGGUCGAGCAUAGCCAGCUACGAUUGGUUGGACCUGGCUCUGGGUACGGACACGGGCGGCAGCAUUCGGGAUCCUGCUGGUGUGUCAGGUGUCUUUGGCAAUCGGCCCUCUCAUGGGCUGGUGCCCUUGGACCAUGUAAUGUCCUUAUCGACACGGCUCGACACAGCGGGGUUCGUGACAAGGGACCCGUAUCUAUGGGAUGAAGCUCAAAAAGUGCUGUACGGGGAAAACUAUACUUCUUUAGUCGGCAAUGAGGCCGUCAAGUACCCAAGCAAGAUUUAUACGAUGGAGUUCUUCGAUGCCAACUCGAGUGACGGUGACGCAAUUCUGGUGGACUUUGCCGAGAGGCUGGCUCGUUUCGUCGGAGGCACUGUCACAGCACUUGACCUCGAGGCGGCGUGGAAUGAGUCUGUUCCCGCAGAGGCACAAGGCCAGGGUGUGAUGGAGUACAUGAACACCACGUACCCAAUUCUGAUCGGACAAGAGCAAGUAGAGCUUGUGCGAGACCCGUUCUACGCAGACUAUGCCGCUGCGCAUGACAACCGCUUCCCAUUCGUGAACCCAGUCCCCUUGUCCCGCUGGGAUUGGGCAGAGGAACAGGGCGCCGACGCCCUCAGCAAGGCCAUCGAGAGCAAGUCAGUCUUUCAGGAGUGGUUCAACUCCAAGAUCCUUCCAGCCUCGAAUGACUCCGCCCACUGCUCUUCUGGUAUCCUCAUCUACCCCCGCACUUGGGCAUCUCGAGGCACUCGAGACCAGUAUCUGACAGGGUCUUCGUUGCCAUUGGGGCUCGGUACCAGUAGGCUGAGCCCUUUCAGCGGGGCACCCGACAGUAUUUUUACCUUGGGCGAGGUCAGCGAGUUCAGUGGUAUCACGCAACACCAGGAGUUGUUUCCUGUCUCCGUUGACGUGAUGGUUGCAAAAGGAUGCGAUGGCCUCUUAGUCAGGUUGGCACAGGACCUCGUCAAGGAGGGGAUCUUACCUCUACCCAAGGUCGGUUCAUCGAUCAAGGGCGGUGACGCGCAGUCGAAGAGGGCAGUGACUCGACAGAGGCGACAAAAAGUGUCCAAGACAACAGCUGUGGACUGGAGCCAGCGUUUGGCAGCACUCGGCCCUCAGUAG